AUGGGAGAACCGGCAUUUGGGGUGUUGUUCCUUUUCCCCGCGAACUUUUUGCUACCUCCGUCUCCAGGCGCACCCACAGCUAUGAUGCGCCAAAACCAUAGCUCCCCGGCCCGUGGCAGGAAUAAAACACUGGUUAACUCCAACGCCGAGUCGGCCGGGGGCACGAUUUGCAAAUAUGUAACCACACCUGACAAUACCCACGGCCACCGAGACAUUUUGCUAAGCCUCAAGAGCGAUGAUGUCGAAUCUGUGACUAGUCGCGACGACGCUGGCAACACAGGUGGCUGCCAUGCCGCCGGCUAUGAUGGGACGACGACGCAACAACAGCAUACUAAAGUGAUGGAAAUUGCGGCAGCGUUCGAGACCAUCCACAGGAUCAGCGGCAGCACUGAAGAGGAGGUCAUUGAAGUCCCCGAAGUCCCUUCCGUCUGGUAUGGGCACUUGGCUCUGUUGACGGCAUAG